AUUGGGCCAUCUCCACAGCUGCUCGGGCCGCAGUGGGCCAUCUCCACAGCUGCUCAGGCCUGCAGUGGACCAUUUAGUUCCAAGAAGAUGGGAUGCUGAGAGAAUUGAGACCGGCAGCUUCCCCCAGCUCCUGGCCCAGUCCGAUCUGUCAAUGCUGUCUUCAAGUCCUGCUUCCUGUACAUCUCCCAAGCCUGACACCGACAACCCCGACAAGAAGGUCCACUGGGCUUCUGAGAAGAGAAGGAGGACAUCUUCCACGGACUCAGAAUCAAAGUCUCACUUGGACGUCUCUAAGUUGCCCAGGUCCCGGAGGCCCAGCCGGCUAACGGUGAAGUACGACCGGAGCCAUCUGCAGCGCUGGCUGGAGAUGGAGCAGUGGGUAGAUGCUCAGCUGCAGGAGCUCUUCCAGAGUCAAGAAGCUCCUUCAGAGCCUGAAAUUGAUCUGGAAGCGCUCAUGGAACUAUCCACAGAGGAACAGAGGACUCAGUUGGAGGCCAUUCUCCGAGACUGCCCCUGUGACACAGAGUCUUUUAUCUCUGAGCUGCUCAGUCAACUCAAGAAACUUCGGAGACUCAGCAGACCUUCAAAAUAAUGCUGGAGAGAGCAUAUUCUGCAGCCUCAGCCCUGAUCUGGAUACUGGCCGACAAGGGUAGAAAAC